AAUUUAAUUAAAGAGGAGAAUAUAUGAGAAGAUAACCAUAUCCAUCGUCUCGUUCUUUCUUUCUUUCUUUCGUCUCGUCGGCAAUUGUGCUGCUUUGAAUUGAGGGUUUGCAGAGUUCCAUUUCCCAUUUUACUUCUUCAAAUUGAAUAACACAAAUGCGUUAUUCUCAUUCAUAAUUCUCAAAAUACCCUUACAUGCAAUUCCUCAAUUCAACACUUUCCUUCCAAUACGGUCUUACUGAAUAGUUUGGUAGUUGAAGACCUAAAAUGGUUUUAGUUUCCCAUCAACCGCAGGGCUUGUAUGUGACAUUUUCAUCUAGGAAUUUGCCACGGAGCAAAAGUUUGAAGUUGAAGCAGUGUUUAACAAAACGUCACUUGAUUGGAAGAGCUGAUUGGCAUCACAUAUUGAAGCAGACUAGUUGUCUAAGUGUAGGGCCUCCUCACAUUUGUGGAUCCAAGUUUAGACAUUUGACGAUUACAGGCUUCAAGAGCAGAGACCGAAAUGAUGAUUCGGUAACCAGAAGUGAUGAGGUGAAGAUCCGCAAGACCUCAGUUAGAGUAGAAGAGAAGAGGGAAGUUAAGUCAGAAUCUCCAAAGACCCACAAUGUUCCACUCUCUGGUGCCUCUGAUGCUAAUGAGAGCCUUGAAGAAUCAUCUGUUAUUCAUAAACUUUUCAAAAAAUGGGUGACAAUCUUGUGCUCACCAUCAUCAAAUCAAGGAGUGGAGGAAUCUUUGGGAGAACCACCUCCAGAGGUUUUAUCAAAAACAUCACAAGGGAUGCAACAGACUGAAAAAAAGCAGACUUUGAAGGUGGUGUGGUCUACAUUUCAGUCUCUGGAUGCAACAAUAAAGAUUCCUCUCUUAAUAUUUGCUCCUUUCUUCCUGGCUGUUAAUGCAAUUUAUGGUCCUGAAGUGUCCAAGGAGUUAACUCCAUUAUGGAUUAUAGGGCCACUCGUUGUGGCUCUAUACGUCAUGAUGGUGCGGGUGCUGUGUUCACUUUAUGUCUACAGCUUCAAGCAGACUGUGAAAGUAAUUGUGAAUUUACCCUCAUACUGCAAUUUAGCCCACAGCUACAUUUUUCAUGGCAAGCUCAAAGAAGAUAUAAAAGCUCAUAUUUUGCAGCCUGUAUUGAACAUAAAAAAUGCAGAUUAUAAACAGCUGACAAGAAAAAUGUUGAAAGUAUUGUCAGAAUGGAUGCGAGAGAAGUAUAUUGAUUUUGUGGAAUCAAUAUGGCCCUAUUAUUGCCGGAUGAUCAGAUUUUUAAAGAGUUCAAAUCUUAUAUAAAUUUGAAAAUAUAAAUUUGUAUUUUUGUUUAGGGUAAAGCUUCUUCUGGAUAGGGAUAAAAUAGAAAAAAAUUGGAAGGGGGAGUUCCUUGAAGUAUCUUGAAAACAUUUUUUGGUGUUAGGUUAGGCUGCAACUGUAUUGAUUGGUAAUUACAAGGUUGUGUAUUAGAUUAAUUAUACUGUUGUAUACUAUACUGUGUAAUAAUUGGAAGUUGGCAUACGUUAUAUUCAAUCCAGCUCCUAGCACUA